UAUUACUGUUGCCUUUCACAAUCAGCCAAUCAGGCCUCCCCCUGUCCAAGUGGCGUUAACAACCAGACACAGAGAGGAAGCUACGGAGCAGAUGAAGAUGAAUCCACGGACCCUCUCUGUGCUCCUGCUGCUAGCUGGGCCGCUGGGGGCGGACCCUGACUGGCACGUGGAGUACCCUGACUCCUUCUGCGUGGUGGAGGGCUCCACCACCACCAUCCCCUGCAGCUUCACCCACCCCGCGGUGCACAAAAGGACCGGCGCGGUGGUGGAGCGGGUGGAGCGGGUGGUCUGGUGCCCCGAUCACCCGAUCUGCCACCUUACCACGCCCAACGUGUACAACAGCAGCACCGUCCGGGCCAACAGCAGGUUCCUGUACCUGGGGGACCUCGUCAGGAACUGCACCUUAAAGAUCAUCAAGACGGAGAAACAGGACGCUGCAACGUACCGCUACCGCUUCGAGACCAACGGCGGAGGCUUCGCUGGAAAGAAAGGAGUCAGAGUCAACGUCACUGAUGGAGAGGAUGUGAAGGUCAGAAGCUCUGUCACUGACAAUGUGGUGAAAGAGGGCGGUCAGGUCACACUCACCUGUACCUCAGCCUGCUCCUUCCACCAAUUGGACGUCCACUGGUACAGAAAUGGCCACGCCCUAUCAGAGACAGGCCCCGCCCUCCACCUCAGCUCUCUGACCAAUAACAACACAGGGAAUUACACCUGCUCUCUGGACUCCAGUGGGCAGAAAACCUCUGCGCCUUGGUGUCUAUUGGUGGGGGAAUAUGAAGAUGGAGAGGUUGUGAAGGUCAGAAGCUCCGUCACUGACCAUGUGGUGAAAGAGGGCGGUCAGGUCACACUCACCUGUACCUCAGCCUGCUCCUUCCACCAAUUGGACGUCCACUGGUACAGAAAUGGCCACGCCCUGUCAGAGACAGGCCCCGCCCUCCACCUCAGCUGUCUGACCAAUGACGACGCAGGGAAUUACACCUGCUCUCUGGACUCCAGUGGGCAGAAAACCUCUGUGCCUUGGAGUCUAUUGGUGGGGGAAUAUGAAGAUGGAGAGGUUGUGAAGGUCAGAAGCUCCGUCACUGACAAUGUGGUGAAAGAGGGCGGUCAGGUCACACUCACCUGUACCUCAGCCUGCUCCUUCCACCAAUUGGACGUCCACUGGUACAGAAAUGGCCACGCCCUAUCAGAGACAGGCCCCGCCCUCCACCUCAGCAAUCUGACCAAUAACAACACAGGGAAUUACACCUGCUCUCUGGACUCCAGCAGACAGAAAACCUCUGCGCCUUGGAGUCUGGUCGUGUUGGUAGAUGAAGGAAAACACAAUGUGACAGUGACUGGAAAAGAGAAGUUUGACUGGUUCCUGACGGUGUCGGUGCUGUUGGCUGUGUUCCUUCUCCUCCUGGCCGGGCUGGUCUUCGCUAAAAGGAGGCAUGGCCAAAAAAAGGCAUCAGAGGUUAUUCAAAAACAGGAGGGAGCUUCAGAGGAAGUCACCUAUUCAACCGUCCACUUCAAACCCAGUUCCUCAAGGUCAGCCCCUGGACCGGAACAUGAGAUCGUCUACAGCGAGGUCGUUGGCUGAACCAAACUCAAGCAGCGACUCCUCUUCCUCCUCCAGUGAUGACGAGAUAAGGGAACGCUGACGUCAUCAUGUCUGUUGUCUGUCUUUAUUGUAUGUUGUUGUUUAUUCUGAAUAUACUCAAGGUUGUCUGAAUAACGGUGAGGUUUGUAAAGACUGGUUCUUCUCCAUUCUGGUCCUGACGACUAGGCUACGUUU